AUGAGUGAAGAAGAAGAAAAUGAAGUACGAAAGAGAAAACUAGAAAUGAUAAACAAAAUAGUGAGUUAAAAUACCCGGCCAAUCACUUUUCGUAUUUAUAAAUUGGAACUUUUUGAAUACUUAAAAACUUCAAAUAUGACCUCAGGCUAGACAGAUGGCCGUGUCUUUUGAGAUUUGAGAUGGUCGUAAUAAAAAAAAAAUGAAUUUUUCCAGCCAUCUCGUGCUUCGAACGACUUAUUCAAUUGUUGUUAUUGCAACAAAGGCUUACCACGAUAUAAAAUGACAGGAGUUCCGACAAAUCAAAGUAUUCGUGAAAAAUGGGUUGAAAUACUCGGAAAACAAUUCGCCAAUAAUUUGAAGAAAGCUAAAUACUCUUUUAUUUGUCGCACACAUUUUGAAGGAAAUCCUGAACAUCGAUUGAACUAUCAACUUCCGGUUCGAAUGGAAAAAGAUAAAGAGGAGAAGGAAGAUGAAAAUGAAGAAUUUGGGGAGGAGGAUGAAGAAGAAAAUGGUAUUCGAAUGAACGAGGAAAUUCCACACUUCAAUUGUUUUGUUGCAAACGAUUCGGAAAAACAGACAGAAAAAGUGAAUAAUUUUGAAACGGUUGCAAAAUUGGUAUGAUUUAUUUUUUAGAACUAAAAAAAUUUCGAUGUACACUGAAAAUGUUUUGCAGAAUGAAGUUCGAGAUGUUCCAUCAACUUCAAAGAAUCCAAAAAUAAACGGAAAAGUCGAUUCAGAAGAUCAUCAAGAAGUCAGAAAUAAGAGAAAAAUCGACUCAAAUUCUGAAAAAUCGUCGAAACGAGAGAAAUUGGGAAAAGGAAAGAUAUCUAUUGGUAUUCACAAUCUUGAGAAGAAUAAAAAGCGAAUGAAUCAAGAAAAUGAAGAGAAGUUUGAAGAAGUUGAAAAACAACCUGAAUCAAACGUUACAUUGUUGAAUGCUCCGGAAAAUGAUGAUGAAAUUGAAAUUAUCGUAAGAUUUUCAUUGAUACAUCAAAAAUACAAUUCCAUGAACAGUUUCAGCAAACUACAAUUCGCGAAGUUUUUUUUCCGAGAGUUUUGGAAGAAAUGCAAAACAAGGACACUCAUGAGAAACAAUCAAUAAAUAAUCAAAAUAAUGAAAAAUCUGGAGAAUUGAAUAUAGAGCAUGACAGAGAAUUUUCGAGAAAGGUAAGAUUUUCUUUUGAAUACAUCUUAGCAAUUCAAAAUAUUCCAGGAAACUGAAAUUCGUGUGAAAAUUGAGCCAACACAACUUCCGAUGCCGAAUACGUUGAUUGUGAGUUUUCUUGAUUUUUUUAACCAAAAACUUUAUUUUUUUGAAAAUUUCCUCUUGAUAAUGUGACGAAUAUUUUUCAGAAAAACUCAAUCAAAGAAGAAAAUCUGGAAGAUGAGGUGCAAAUAAUAAAUGAUCAAUCAAGUUCAAUGGAUUUCGUGCCAGAAAUUAAUUGUCGAUUUUGCAAAAUAAAAAUUAGAUGCAUCAAUCAAAGCGGUGGAUAUUCCACAAAACCUUGA